CGGGCAAGAUGGCCGCCCCCGUGCCGCGGUGCUGAGCCCAGCCGCGCUCGCCGGCGCCCCGGGACGCGCGUCCCGUCCGCCGCCGCCCGCCCCCGGAGCGCUGCUCGCCGAGCCGCCCUCGGCCCGCCGCUGUGCGAGGGAGCCGCGAUGGGCCGCGCGCCGUGCCCGCCGCAGGGAGCGCGGGGCCCGCGGGGGUAGAGGAGCGAGGGAGGCCCCGGGCCCGGUCCCCGCCGGUCCCUCGGUGCUCCCCGGGCCGCGCCGCCCAGCCCGGCCGGGGCCGCUGCCUGCGCCAGGUGAAGGCGCUGCGUGCCCCGGGUCCGUCCUUACCCGCUUAGCGGGGAGCGCCGCCCCGCUGCCCUUGCCCCGUGCUGCCCCUCCGGCCGGAGGGACCCCCGGCCCCGCUGGGUGCCGGGCUGGACAUCGCUGCCCACCUGGUGCCCCGCGCUUCCCCGCCCAUGGAGUCUGAGAUGCUGCAGUCGCCUCUCCUGGGGCUCGGGGAGGAGGAUGAGUCCGACCUGACGGACUGGAACUUGCCCCUGGCCUUCAUGAAGAAGAGGCACUGCGAGAAGAUCGAGGGCUCCAAGUCUUUGGCUCAGAGCUGGAGGAUGAAGGACCGGAUGAAGACUGUAAGUGUUGCCUUAGUUUUGUGCCUCAAUGUCGGCGUGGACCCCCCAGAUGUGGUGAAAACAACUCCCUGUGCCCGCCUGGAGUGCUGGAUUGAUCCUCUGUCCAUGGGGCCUCAGAAAGCUCUGGAGACCAUCGGGGCCAACCUGCAGAAGCAGUAUGAGAACUGGCAGCCCAGGGCCAGGUACAAGCAGAGCCUGGACCCCACGGUGGACGAGGUGAAGAAGCUGUGCACGUCGCUGCGCCGCAACGCCAAGGAGGAGCGCGUGCUGUUCCACUACAACGGGCACGGCGUGCCCCGGCCCACGGUCAACGGAGAGAUCUGGGUCUUCAACAAGAACUACACCCAGUACAUCCCCCUGUCCAUCUACGACCUGCAGACCUGGAUGGGGAGCCCUUCCAUCUUCGUCUACGACUGCUCCAACGCUGGCCUGAUUGUCAAGUCCUUCAAGCAGUUUGCACUACAGAGAGAGCAGGAGCUGGAGGUGGCUGCCAUUAACCCCAACCACCCCCUUGCCCAGAUGCCUCUGCCCCCCUCCAUGAAGAACUGCAUCCAGCUGGCAGCCUGUGAGGCCAACGAGCUGCUGCCCAUGAUCCCAGACCUGCCUGCAGACCUGUUCACCUCCUGCCUCACCACCCCCAUCAAGAUCGCGCUGCGCUGGUUCUGCAUGCAGAAGAGUGUCAGGCUGGUGCCAGGAGUCACGCUGGAUUUAAUAGAGAAGAUUCCUGGGAGGCUGAAUGACAGGAGAACCCCCCUGGGGGAGCUGAACUGGAUCUUCACAGCCAUCACAGACACCAUUGCCUGGAACGUCCUGCCCAGAGAUCUUUUCCAGAAGCUCUUCCGGCAGGACCUGCUGGUGGCCAGCUUGUUCCGGAACUUUCUGCUGGCAGAGAGGAUCAUGAGGUCCUACAACUGCACCCCCGUCAGCAGCCCCAGGCUGCCCCCCACCUACAUGCACGCCAUGUGGCAAGCCUGGGACCUCGCUGUUGACAUUUGCCUCUCCCAGCUGCCCACCAUCAUCGAGGAGGGAACUGCCUUCAGGCACAGCCCCUUCUUCGCCGAGCAGCUCACGGCCUUCCAGGUGUGGCUGACCAUGGGCGUGGAGAACCGCAACCCCCCGGAGCAGCUGCCCAUCGUGCUGCAGGUGCUGCUGAGCCAGGUGCACCGGCUGCGAGCGCUGGAUCUGCUGGGGAGGUUCCUGGACCUGGGGCCCUGGGCUGUCAGUCUGGCCCUCUCUGUUGGCAUUUUCCCCUAUGUGCUGAAGCUCCUGCAAAGCUCAGCCCGUGAGCUGAGACCUCUCCUUGUGUUCAUCUGGGCCAAGAUCCUGGCAGUGGACAGUUCGUGCCAGGCUGACCUGGUGAAGGACAAUGGGCACAAGUAUUUCCUCUCAGUCCUGGCAGAUCCUUACAUGCCAGCUGAGCACAGGACAAUGACAGCGUUCAUCCUGGCUGUGAUUGUCAACAACUACAACACUGGGCAGGAAGCCUGCCUGCAGGGGAACCUGAUAGCGAUCUGCCUGGAGCAGCUGAACGAUCCCCACCCGCUCCUCAGGCAGUGGGUGGCCAUUUGUCUGGGGAGGAUCUGGCAGAACUUCGACUCAGCCAGGUGGUGUGGAGUGAGAGACAGCGCCCAUGAGAAGCUCUACAGCCUCCUCUCAGAUCCAAUCCCAGAGGUUCGCUGUGCUGCAGUCUUUGCUCUGGGCACCUUCGUGGGCAACUCAGCGGAGCGCACGGACCACUCGACCACCAUCGACCACAACGUGGCCAUGAUGCUGGCCCAGCUCAUCAACGAUGGCAGCCCCAUGGUCCGCAAGGAGCUGGUGGUGGCCCUGAGUCACCUGGUGGUUCAGUACGAGAGCAAUUUCUGCACCGUGGCCUUGCAGUUCAUAGAGGAGGAGAAGAAUUACCCUCUCCCUUCUCCAGCUGCUCCAGAGGGCGGGAGCCUGACGCCGGUGCGGGACGGGCCCUGCACGCCGCGGCUGCGCUCCGUCAGCUCCUACGGCAACAUCCGCGCCGUCACCAGCGCCAGGAGCCUCAACAAGAGCCUGCAGAACCUCAGCCUCAACGAGGAGUCUGGAAGCUCUGUGGCCUUUUCCCCUGGGAACCUGAGCACGAGCAGCAGUGCCAGCAGCACGCUGGGCAGCCCUGAGAACGAGGAGUACAUCCUGUCCUUCGAGACCAUCGACAAGAUGAGAAGAGUCAGCUCCUACUCCUCCCUCAACUCCCUCAUAGGUGUGAGUUUCAACAGUGUUUAUACCCAAAUUUGGAGAGUGCUCCUUCACCUGGCUGCUGACCCCUAUCCUGACGUGUCCGACCUGGCCAUGAAGGUUCUCAACAGCAUUGCCUACAAGAUAAUGCAAGUGGGACUGGCCUGCAGACUGAAGCCACAACGGCUCUCCAACCCAGGUGAACUAGUACAUGCCACGGUCAACGCUCGCCCCCAGCGCAUCCUGGACACCUCCUCGCUGACCCAGUCGGCCCCUGCCAGCCCCACCAACAAGGGGAUGCACAUCCACCAAGUGGGAGGGUCCCCUCCAACCACGAGCACGAGCAGCUCCAGCCUGACCAACGAGGUGCCCAAGCAGCCGGUGAGCCGGGACCUGGCGUCCGUGCGCCCCAGCGUCACCAACGUGGGGGUCCAGUACACCCCCCACUCCCACCAGUUCCCCAGGACAAGGAAAAUGUUUGACAAAGGCCCAGAACAGACAGCUGAUGAUGCUGAUGAUGCCGUGGGACACAAGAGCUUCAUCUCGGCCUCGGUGCAGACGGGGUUCUGCGACUGGAGCGCCAAGUACUUCGCCCAGCCCGUCAUGAAGAUCCCCGAGGAGCACGACCUGGAGAGCCAGAUCCGCAAGGAGCGCGAGUGGCGCUUCCUGCGCAACGCCCGCGUCAGGAAACAGGCCCAGAAGAUCAUCCAGAAGGGCAUCUCCCGGCUGGACGAUCAGAUCUUCCUCAACAGGAACCCGGGCGUGCCCUCCGUGGUGAAGUUCCACCCCUUCACCCCCUGCAUCGCUGUGGCUGACAAGGACAGCAUCUGUUUUUGGGACUGGGAGAAGGGGGAGAAGCUGGACUACUUCCACAACGGGAACCCUCGGUACACGCGGAUCACGGCCAUGGAGUACCUGAACGGGCAGGACUGCUCCCUGCUGCUCACUGCCACAGACGACGGUGCCAUCAGGGUGUGGAAGAACUUUGCAGACCUGGAGAAGAACCCGGAGAUGGUGACAGCCUGGCAGGGGCUGUCAGACAUGCUGCCAACCACACGAGGUCUGGCCCGAAGGGUGUCCAUCUAUCUGGACAGAAGCAAGCAGGGAGGAGCAGGGAUGGUGGUGGACUGGGAACAAGAAACUGGGCUCCUGAUGACCUCGGGAGACGUGAGGAUAAUCCGGAUCUGGGACACGGAUCGGGAAAUGAAAGUACAGGACAUUCCCACGGGAGCUGACAGCUGUGUCACCAGCCUGUCCUGUGACUCCCACCGCUCGCUGAUCGUGGCGGGGCUGGGCGACGGCUCCAUCCGCGUCUUCGACAGGAGGAUGGCCCUCAGCGAAUGCCGUGUCAUGACCUACCGGGAGCACACAGCCUGGGUGGUGAAGGCUUACCUGCAGAAGCACCCCGAGGGCAACAUCAUGAGUGUCAGUGUCAACGGCGACGUGCGCUUCUUCGACCCCCGCAUGCCCGAGUCCAUGAAGGUGCUGCAGAUUGUCAAGGGGCUCACGGCCCUCGACAUCCACCCCCAGGCCAACCUGUUUGCUUGUGGCUCCAUGAACCAGUUCACUGCCAUCUACAACGGGAACGGGGAGCUGAUCAACAACAUCAAAUACUACGACGGCUUCAUGGGCCAGAGAGUGGGAGCCAUCAGCUGCCUGGCCUUCCAUCCUCACUGGCCCCACCUGGCCGUCGGCAGCAAUGACUUCUACAUCUCGGUGUACUCGGUGGAGAAGAGGAUCAGAUGACGGCGCCGGCCGAGCGGCCCCAGGGCUCCUGUACAUAGAGAAAUCAUCGACUUGAAUGUUUCGUGUUGGCUGCUGCUGCACCCCAUAACUUGAACAUUUGUUCUUCUGACUUAGCUACUGAUGGGUUUGACAAGGGGAAGAGACAAUCUCCUGGUUUUGUUUCGUUUUGUUUUCCAGCUAUAUCCUCUCAAAGCUACAGAAAAGGAACAUUUAUUUUUGUUUCCAGUGGUUGGCUUCUCUGUCAGAAACACGGCUCCUGAGCUUGGAAGGACUUGGAUGAGGCAACGCCCUUGAGAAGGGUCUUCUUUUAGUCUUUGUUCCUUGUUUUGCUGCGGUGUGAGUUCUUCAAGGACUGUCAGGACUCGCCUCCAGCUCCACAGGACCCUCCAGCUGCUGCCAGCCCUGUGCCAAACCCAAUUCCGGGGCCAGGGCAGCCACCCCAGCAGGGGAUGUGGCUGCCAGGGAGGCAGGGCAGCAUGAACCUCCUCCUCCUCCCUGCCUGCAGCCUGCUCCCCACUGGAGGCAAGGACAGAUGGGGACUGGUGGCCUGGGCAGGCAGGGGUCCUGCAGGAGGGGGCUCAGGGAGAUGACAGCAGCAGGGCAGGACGUCCCACGCCGUAAAGCUGCACGUGAGGAAGAGGAGGGAGGAAAGGGAACGAAGAUCUCCAACGUCCCCACGAGCCUGGAGCACGUCACCGGUGUCACCACGUUGCACCCAAGCCCGUGGGGAGCUGGGGGCACCUCGGGCACUGCCCCUCCUGCUGCCACUGUCCCUGUGCCACCGGGAGCUGCAGAGCCACCCAGCCUGGGCUCCCUGUGCCCCCCACGGCUGCUGGGCACCCAGGAGAGGCCAGGUGUGGGCACCUGGAGCUGCACACCACGGCUGGGGCUCACCUGCCCCCGGGGAAGCAGGCAGGGAAGCACCUGGGUACGGAAUGGCUGAGGAGGAGGAGGAGGAGGAAGGCAGCUCUGAGCAAAGCGCCCUCGUUCCAGCUGUCCAGCAGAGCCUGCUCCACCUCUGCACUUUCCACGUGUGAAUAAUGAAUGUUUUGUCCCCUGGGGUCCCUUCUGGGGCUGCAGGUGGGUGUGGGAAGGGAGAGCACAGGUUUCCUUCCAGACGGGCAGAACUCACUGCAGGAAUUCCCAGUGGUCCCCCAGCAGUGCCACGGGAUCUGCAGGCUCCACAAAGUGAGGGAAGGGCUCAGAACCCCUCUGAACUGCCAGCUGUGCAGGGGGAUGCAGUGAGGGAAGGGCUCAGAACCUUCUGUGAGUGAACUGAGGGGAACACAGUGAGGGAAAGCUCAGAACUUCCUGCCAGCUGUGCAGGGGGAUGCAGUGAGGGAAGGCUCAGAGCCCCUCUGUCCUGCGCUGGCCCUGCCUGCACCUCUGCCCCGUGCCCUCCGUGCUGCUGCUGGCCCUGGCACCGUGUCCCUGUGUGCUGAGGCCACCCCGAGGUGCCACAGGCUCAGGGGCUGUGCCUUGGAGAGGUCCCCAAGCAUCGGCGCCGUCCCCAUCAGGGAUCACAUCCCAGGAUAAUGAAUCAAAGGCUUUAAACUUCAAAAAAAAACUACCUAAAACCCCACUUGUAAGUUACCCAAAGUUAAUUAUGGUCUAACAGAGCUGUGCCUCUUCCCGGGCUGCCCGCGGGGGUGGAAGCAGAGUUUGGGAUCUCACGUAACCCCUUAACAUUCACAGCUUCAAAAACAAUAGAUUUUUAACUGCUAUCAGUGUAUUUGUGAAAGGAACAGGACAUUCCUGGCGUGGUGGGAGCUGCUGCUCCUGCCUGGCUCUGGUGCAGCCCCACGUCCAGAAGGGUGAGGAUUUUAAGGAGUUUGGGCUGUUGGGCUUUUACCUGAGCGUGUGGGCUGUGCUUCCACAGGUCUGCUGCAGAGAUUCAAUCAUGGGAUCACAGAGUUUAACCAGGGAUCUGGAGAGCGUCCUACCUUCAAAGUUCACUUAUCUCUAUUUAUUUUACAAAAAUAAAGUUUAAAAUAAAAUAUAUAUAAAACCCCCCACACGAUUGUAAUGUGAGAGUAAAAACGAUUACAGACAAAUAAAUGGUUAAUAAAAAAUAAAUGCAGAAACA